ACCACACCAAAAAGCUUGUCUUCUCUUCGUAUCUCAGCAAAGCAUCGCAGUCCUCGACCUCGAUAACCAUGGUUCACCUACUGUCCUUCCUGGCCCUCGGAUUUGCCGGGGCCGCUAUUGCCAGCCCGCUCGCCAGCAUCCAACAACGCCAAGACGCAGCCCUCACUAUAACUAGCCUUGAGUACUCUGGAGAAGGUUGCCCUGAAGGAUCACUGCAAGGAACCCUCGGGAUCGAUGGCGACUUUGAUGUGUUUUACAAAAACCUGACGGCCUCCAUCAAACCUGGAGAACCCAAGGUCAACAUCCGGUGUCAGAUCAAGGUCGGCCUCCAGACUUCGGCCUCCAAGCAGCUCGUCAUCCUGAGUGGGGCUUACAAGGGCCAUGUGAGGUUGACCGAGGGUGCCUGGGCCAAGAACCAGAACCAGUACAAGUUUGCCAACAACCCCGGUGAGAUCGAUAUGGAAUGGCCCUUCAAGGGCCCUGUCGACGUCGCAACCGUGUUUAGCAACAAGCUUAACACCGAGUUCCAGUCCGGCUGCAACUCUAACGGAGGCCAGUUUACCCUGAUCAUCAACAACUACCUGACAAUGACGACCGAAGGAACCGGCGAGGGUGAAAUCUCUGUUCAGGAGUUGGACGGCGCCAUCGAACAAUCCAUCAAGCUGGCGACCAAGGAUUGCCCGUAGAUUAGGAGCUCAUAGUAGAAGCACAUAUGUGGUCUCCAGCCAGAGCUACGGCAUCCAUAGUUGAGCCCGCGGCUCGAGGUAGUACUUGAACCAAAGACUCUCUAGAACGGCUGAACCCCAUGAUCUUGAGUCCGUAACGUCCGGUCCUCAUCUUCAAACUUUGAAAACAACAGCUCUACGCUCUUGUUGCCCAUUGAGAUUCGUCAUUGGACCACCAAAUCUUUGUAAACAGUGCCAAUCCACCCACGCGACAGUAUGCAAACGGCAACAAGAUUUGCGAGAAACACUUUUGUUAGAGGCAAGAUUCAUUGAUCUCAACUCGUGUCCAGAGUCUCUCCGGCUACAAGUCUGGUGACAUUUCUGAAUGUCGACCAAUGCUGAUACAGAAGGCUCGCUAUUCAAAAGUAGUACAUCCCUUUAUCGGAACAAUGCUCCUCCUCCCUUCAUAAACCGUAUUUCAUUC